UCAGAUGGCGCUUUGAAAGAAUAAAAAAAGUUUCCGAGUUUCGUAAAAAAUUAAACAGUGCAACUCGUGCGCGUCGUGCGACAGUAGAGAGAAAGAUAUUAAAGUAGAAAAAAGACACAAGUACUUAGGUUUUGUGUUAAUGUAUUGUCAUACCUACGAAACUAAACUGUCAUUUGCAUCGCAUUAAGUCGCGAUUAGUGUACACACAUAUCUACAGACAAUCAUUUAGGUUUAUAGCUUUGAUAGCAAGUAUAGCGAAGCAAACAGCAUAUUUAUAUACCGUAUGGCUCCUGUUCUGUCGUCGGGAAUCAACAAGUGUUGAGUUGUGUCAGCAUCAACAGCAGAUAGCUGGUCUACCGUCUAUGCAGGACAUGGACAUUGUGUAUUUACGCGCCGAUCAUGAUGGCGAAUACAUGACGAAACCUGUAUUAUUGUUAAUUAUUUAAAUGUGCGACGCUCGUGUUUACAUCCGUAUUUUUAGUAGCGGUCCAAUAAGAAAAUGACGCAACGCUCGCACUGUUUUGGCCCAUCGUUACGUUCGUUACUGUGUAUUUAUUGUUAUGGUGCUGUUGUUACUCUUCACGAGCCAGACAGACAUUUGUUGUCAUGUUUAAGUAGUCUACGAUAAACUGUAAAGGGGGUCGAUGUACUCACGCACUGCGUGCUUCAGUGUAUCUUGAAGGUUUUGGUGUCACCAGUCACCAUAGAACUAAUGUAUAAACACACAGAGCAAAGAUGAACAAAUUUUUGUACCAUGCUCUAUUUUCAUUCAUCUGUUGUACCCUUGGUGGGCAGCGGACAAAAGCUACAGAGAACCCCGACACGGGCUUAAUACCUGAUCGGGAUGAUUCUUUGCUUAUGUUCUCUACUCUGGAUGGUUCGCUGUUUGCUGUGGAAGCACAAACUGGAACCAUCAGGUGGCAACAAAACGACGAACCAGCUGUUAAAGUUCCUCGGGAUGUAUCCAAAACUACCAUGCCCAUAUUUUUACCAGAUCCCAAAGAUGGAUCUCUCUACUUGUAUGGACCCGAGACCGAAGCAUUGAAAAAGCUGCCUUUUACAAUACCGCAACUCGUAGCUACCAGCCCUUGUCGGAGUAGCGAUGGAAUUUUGUAUACAGGACGUAAAAUUGACACCUGGUUCAAUGUAGAUACGCAAACUGGAGAGAGAGAACAGAUCCUUGGAUUUUCUAAAGUAGAAAACACAUGUCCUAUUGAUUCUAUAAACGCCAUAUUUGUUGGCAGAACUGAGUAUAACAUUAUAAUGAUAGACAGUAAACACAAGGACAGAAAGUGGAACCUAACAUUUUAUGAUUAUUCAGCUGAUAAAAUGAGUGAUGAUGAGUAUAACGAUUUCAUCCACUUGACUGGUGCUUCGUCGGGUAAAGUAAUGACAAUAGAUAGAUUAGGUAACAUUUUGUGGAAUAUCAAUUUGAAUAGUCCAGUGAUAGCAGUUUACACAAUUGGUAACAGUGGUCUGAUAUCGGUACCAUUCAACAGUGUUGCUGAUAGUACCUUGAACGACUUGAUGAAAAAAAUUUCAUUAAAACCUAGCGAAUUUAAAUUCUUUCCCACUUUGUACAUUGGAGAACACAGCCAUGGCUUGUAUGCUUUGCCAUCUUUGGCAGAUUACUCAACACCAACUAUUAGUAGUAAGGCAGGGCAAUUGUUGUUGGAUGGACCUAUCAUUUCUCAUCUACAAAAAGAAAGUUCAGCACCACCUUUGUUCGAUAGUAGUUCUGAAAACAUUCCAAAUGAUUGUCAACAAAUUGAUUCCAAUAAUAAUAAUAUCAUGGUUAUAGGGCAUUAUGAAAUUCCAUCCGAGUAUAAACCUCACAACCAGCCGCUACAAAUUACUGGUCACUCUGAUCCGGUUAUAAUUCCAAAACAGGAAACUUUGAAUAUUACUAAAAAACAGGAAAUUGUCAUCAAUGACAAACAGUUAAAUCAAACGAUUCACGAAGGUAGUAUUUGGCGUAGGUAUACUAUGAAGUCUUACAAGAUAGGCAGAGAAUGGUUUCAUAAACAAGAUGGAGUUACCAAAAUGUCUCUCAUAAUUGCGAUUGGAUUAGUCAUGGUAGCCAUCACUUAUUACAAUGCUGGAAAAAAUGCUAAGCGAGACGCUCAGAUGUUGUAUAAUUCGAGAGAAAACAGUCGCUCCAGUAGUAACGGCAGAUCUAAUGUUGUAUAUGCAGCUGAAGAGAUGAAUGAAGAAGGUUGGCAGCGUAUUGGUAAAAUUACUUUCAACACCGAGGAGGUACUGGGAAAGGGCUGUGAAGGAACUUCUGUCUUCAAGGGUGAAUUUGACGGCAGACAGGUAGCAGUUAAGCGUCUCCUUCCGGAAUGCUUUACCUUCGCGGACAGAGAAGUGGCACUUUUGCGUGAAUCAGAUGCACACGCAAACGUCGUUCGGUACUUUUGUACCGAGCAGGACAGGCUGUUCCGCUACAUAGCUCUCGAACUGGCCGCGGCUACCUUGCAAGACUAUGUAGCUGGUAGAUGCGAUCGAAGCAAAAUAUCUGCAAAAAAGAUCUUGCAACAAUCGACUUGUGGCGUGGCUCAUCUACAUUCCUUGGAUAUAGUGCACAGAGACAUAAAGCCCCACAAUGUGCUACUCUCGAUGCCUGGACCACACGGUGAGGUGCGCGCGAUGAUCUCGGACUUUGGUAUGUGCAAAAAACUUCAGGUCGGUCGCACAUCCUUCUCGCGACGUUCUGGAGUCAUGGGCACUGAUGGCUGGAUCGCUCCUGAAAUGCUACAGAAUGACGAAAGGACGACUUGCGCUGUCGAUAUUUUCUCCCUUGGAUGUGUCUUUUAUUACGUCCUCUCCCGUGGAAAGCAUCCAUUUGGUGAUCCCCUCAAACGACAGGCUAAUAUUUCCUGCGGAACUUUCCCAGACUUGUCGAACUUGCAGAGUAUUUCACAAAAUGAUAAAGAAAUAGCUCUAGUUUUGAUAAAAGCCAUGAUUUCUCUCGAUCCAAAAAGCCGUCCGUCAGCCCAGGCUGUGCUCAAUCAUCCCAUAUUCUGGGACGCCGCGCAAAUCCUCACAUUCUUUCAGGAUGUCAGCGAUCGCGUCGAAAAAGAUGGACCAGAAAGUCCUGCAUUGCAAGCACUUGAAAAUGGCAAUUACACGAUUGUUAACGUCGAUUGGAGGCGUCACAUAGAUUUCGAAGUGGCGAGCGAUCUUCGUAAAUACAGAAGUUAUCGAGGAGAGAGCGUUAGAGAUUUACUCCGCGCGUUGCGAAACAAGAAACAUCACUACCGAGAGUUGACCGAGGCAGCCCAACGUAGUUUAGGUGAAAUACCAACAGCAUUCACGGAGUAUUGGUUGUCGCGCUUUCCGUUGCUUCUGAUCCACUCCUGGUGUGCGAUGCAAAAAUUUCGCUCCGAGCCGACCCUUAGAGGCUAUUAUGAUGAACAAUAUGAAUUCAAAUUAGACGUUCCUGAAAUUUUGGAGGAAGAAGAAUAUACAGAAACGGUGCAACAAAAUGAGGAUGUGACGUCGUUUUCGCAACCACAGCAGCAGCAACUGCAGCAGCAGCAAGCAGAGGAAAAACCGCGUAAAGGUCCCGAAGGUAAUACAAUAAAUUGGAGUCCAAAUCGUUCUAAAUAUAAGUUAGCGAGGAAAAAAAAAUUUUAUCCCAGUGAGCAGAAAAGGAAAAAUUUUGACGAGCCGGAAAAAAAGACCGCUGAAAUUUCUGUCACGUGGAGUCUACCUUCUGCUAGUUAGUUGUUACAGCAGAUUUUUUCUUACCUCGUUUAAUUUUGUUGUUGUUUGCAACAAAAAGUGUACAGGUUAUCCCAUGCAUACGAUUAAUGUCGUAGUUUUGGAUUUUUUAACGUAACCAAUAGCUGAUUAUUCAACUCCCGAUGAAAUUAUUCGGAUAACCAAAUGUUUGGUUAUUGGAUUGAUUAGUCAACUAUUAGAAACUUAUUUAUGCAACAAACAUAUUUUUCACUGAAAGUUUUAUAUUGAAAACUAGUUUUUGACUAGAUCUUUAAUUGUAUAUAGUGUAAAGUUGUCAUGUCCUAACAAUUUUUGGUCACGUGUGUUUUGAUUUUUAAUCAUACAACGAGUUUACAACGAUUUUCGACCAAUGAUAGUAAUAAUGGUGGUUUGAAAAUUGUCCAUAAACAAUUUUAGAAAAAGUCAUUUUUAUUUUACCUAGAUGUUCUUGAUAUUAUUUGUUUGAUUUUCAAAUGGUAAAUGAUAGUUGAUAAAAAUCGUGUCAAAUACUAAAUUUUCUAUUUCGCUAAUUUUUUUUUUUUUUUUUUACGUUGGAUUCUUGCCACUUAGAAAAAAAAGAUAU